GGGCACAGACCCUGGACGCGCUGCUCGCCAGCCGAGGGUACGACCGCUUCUUACGACCAUCAUUCGAUAGUGAUCCAGUUGAAGUCAACAUGAGCAUGACCAUUUCCAGUAUCGACCAGAUCUCUGAGGUCAACAUGGAUUACACCAUUACUGUCUUCCUACGCCAGUAUUGGAAAGAUGGGCGCCUAGCGUUCUCCAAUGCCAACCAGAGUCUGAGUCUAGACGGCAGACUGGCCGAGAAGCUCUGGGUUCCCGACACGUUCAUCCCCAACGCGAAGGAGUCUUUCAUGCAUAAAGUCACAGUGGACAACCGCCUGAUCCGGCUAGAUCCGGACGGAGGGAUACUCUACGGAAUGAGAAUCACGGCAAAAGCUGCAUGUGACAUGGAUUUGAAGAAGUAUCCCAUGGACUCACAGAACUGUACCCUGGAAUUCGAAAGCUAUGGAUACAAAACAGACGACAUUAUAUUCCACUGGAAGAACGGGAAUGCGUCCAUCUACGGCGUGGAGACUCUAAAGUUACAACAGUUCAUCAUCGGUGAAUAUAACGUCAUAGAGGGAACGUCUAGAUACGAGUCAGAGGAAGGACAACAUUCCAAUGUUCGCUUCUGCUUCAAGCUGCAUCGCCAGGCGUUCUACUUCAUCUUCCAGACGUACCUCCCGGCCACCCUACUGGUGGUCCUGUCCUGGGUCUCCUUCUGGAUCAAUUCAGAAGCUGUACCCGCCAGAGUCGCCCUUGGUAUCACCACGGUGCUGACCAUGACCACACUGAUCAGCGGCGCCCGAGCCACCAUGCCUAAGAUCUCCUACAUCAAGGCCAUCGACGUCUACCUGAUCACGUGUUUCCUAUUUACCUUCGCCGCGCUGGUGGAGUACGCAGCCGUCAACUUCCGGUCUUCCCGAGCCAAGGCCACAAGAAGGAAGAUGUCAGUGCCAGAGCCGAUUUGCCUCCAGGAGGAAGGCGAUGAGGUUUCCAUGAAGAAACUCAAUAACGCAGAGGCGGCAGGGGGAUCGAGGGUUCACACGAUCCUAGACAUCGAUGUGGACAACGGCAACGCUGGGAACAAGAAAGUUCAGGUCGACGUGGACACAUCUGAAGACGAAGGGGAUCGUCCCAAAAAGAUGGGCCUUAGCUUCCGGAACGGAAUGCGUUCGUUCAUGAGACAAGUGUCACAGGUGCCUCUGAAGGGCGGUGUUGCUGUGAUUGACAAGUACUCCCGAUGGCUCUUCCCGAUAAGUUACUCUCUUUUCAACAUUUUCUACUACGUCUACUACAACGAACCCUGGGUGAAAUGGACGGCACCUAACUGAUGCGUGUCGUCCCGUUCUGGGUUGAAGGAUGGACUGAAUCCGUUACAAAGAUUCUCUCAGCUCGCACGUCUGGCUGGUCAGGACUGAGUAUAAGGCGUAGACUAGAGCAAACUGGGAUAAGGGGCUAUGAAAUGUAAAUAGAAGCUCUUUUAACGUGGGCAACU